AUGUUCUCCACAGCCCGCCAUACCGCCCUACGGCAAGCACGGUCACCGUUCCGCAUCGCACGGCCUACCACAGCGCCCCAGCUCUCCGCCCUCGCCCGAUUGCUCUCCACACUAGCGGUUCUUGAACAGCGGGAAGGAAAGCUCAAUGUCUCGUCUCUCGCGGCAGUAACCGCGGCCCAGAAGCUAGGCGAGCCGGUGACCGGCUUCGUGGCGGGCAGCAACGUCAAGGCGGUCGCCGAGGAGGCGGCGAAAGUAGAGGGGAUAGACAAGAUCAUAUACGUGGAGAAUGGGGCAUAUGACAAGGGCCUACCAGAGAACUUCGCGCCGCUGCUGGUCGAGAACAUCAAGAAGGGCGGCUUCACACACAUAUUAGCAGGCCACUCUGCGUUCGGCAAGAACCUGAUGCCGCGUGUUGCAGCGCUGCUCGACACGCAGCAAAUCUCAGACAUCACACACAUCGAGAGCGAAGACACAUUUGUUCGCCCUAUCUACGCUGGCAACGCCAUCCUAACCGUUAAAUCCACCGACUCGCCGAAAGUAAUAACAGUCCGCGGCACCGCCUUCCCCGCCGGCGCAACCGAAGGCGGCAGCGCAUCGCUCGAAGAAGGCGUGGAUCCCAAAGCCGAAUGUCCAACCGAAUGGGUCUCUGAAGACCUUGCGAAAUCCGACCGCCCCGACCUCGCAACAGCCACGAAAGUUGUCUCCGGCGGGCGCGGUCUCAAAUCCAAAGAAGAGUUCGACAGGCUGAUGCCACCUCUCGCCGACGCUUUGGGCGCAGCGAUCGGCGCCUCGCGCGCGGCGGUGGAUAGCGGAUUCGCGGAUAACAGCCUGCAGGUGGGCCAGACGGGCAAGAAUGUGGCACCGCAGCUGUAUCUGUGUGCGGGGAUUAGUGGGGCAAUUCAGCAUCUGGCGGGCAUGAAGGAUAGUAAGGUCAUUGCGGCGAUUAACAAGGAUGGGGAUGCGCCCAUCUUCCAGGUCGCGGAUGUGGGACUUGUAGGGGACUUGUUUGAGAAGGUGCCGGAGCUGACGGAGAAGCUGCGGAAGGAGUAG